AAUCGAACUCCACUCACCAUCUCCAUUCGUCAUCUUCAUCGCUAUCUCAACCUCCAUCUCAGUUCAUCUGCGGUCGAGCCGUGUCCAGAGCUUCGAGUGCUGAUUCCAUCGCACACUCGCUCUGAGCAGAGAUGGAGCAUAACAUUGCUGAAGAGCUCUAUUCUGAGAGUUUGCGAUUCUCACGACUAGAAUUAAGUCCUAGUUCCGCUGCCCAUAAUGACCACCAACUUCUUGGUAAUGAUGAGACUGAUUUGUUGGACAAAGAUGGAUUGGCAUGGGAUGAUUCGGAUGAGGUAUUCGGUGAAUCAUCUGACUUGGACAGAGAGUGGCAAAGGAGGCACGAUCAAUUUUACACAAUCGGUUAUCGUGAUGGAGUAAUAGCCGGAAAAGAGGCUUCUGCACAAGAGGGAUUCAAUAUUGGUUUUAAGCAAUCAGUGCCCAUCGGAUACAACUGGGGUCUUGUUAAAGGUGCCACCAGUGCAUUUGCUUGCCUUCCUGAUGAGUUGAAAGAGAGGCUAGUGGAAGAUCAAGGACACAGGGACAAGUUUCAAGACUUGUAUAAGUCUGUUAAUUCUCUCUCUACACCAGAUGCUCUCAAAUUAUUUAGUGAUGAAAUCAUGUCUGACAAAACAACACAACAAAGUAGAGCGGCAGAAGCUAGUGGCCUUACUGCGGGUUCCCAGGUGCAAAGUUUGGAACCCAGUCGUUUGGGAAGUUAUUUUGCAGAACUAAGAUCACUUCUUAUUGAGUGUCCUGCAAUUGACGUUCGAUUAGAUAUGUCUCCCUAGCUUGUUGGGGAUAGCUUUCUCAGUGAUGUGUUCUUUUUGUACCUUUACAAGGAUUUAUAUUAUAGGUAAUUAGGAAAUAUUGUUUAUAUUACCAGCAACUACACUGUAAAUUUUUGUUAGUUGGUGACCAUUGACGGUCUACAUGCCAUUGUGCGAGAAUUUUUGCUGUACGUUCUUUCCAAGAGACAUGACUAGUUUGCAGAAGAUAAUACUUCGCAGGCUUUAUUAAUUGA